UGAUUUCCCCCGCCAUUUUGCUGUCUUCGUACUACUUCCGGAUUAUGCAGGCCAAAGCCUUGUAAACACAGCACUGCGUAUUGUGGACGUGCUGAAUAGAAAUCAUGCAGGAGGAAACGGACACUGUUCAAGAGGGGGUGGUGGGUCAAGAGGGGGUGGUUGGCCUGGAGGAACCCAAGAAAAUGACUCGAGAAGACUGGAGAAAGAAGAAGGAGCUUGAGGAGCAGCGGAAGCUGGGAAAUGCCCCGGCCGAAGUGGAUGAAGAGGGAAAGGACAUCAACCCUCACAUUCCUCAGUACAUUUCAUCAGUUCCCUGGUAUAUCGACCCCUCAAAGCGACCCACACUCAGGCAUCAGAGGCCCCAGGAGGAAUAUGAAGAGCAGUUUUCAUCUAUUAAUGAGUGGUACAAGAGAGGCGUUCAGGAGAAAUCAGUCAACACCAAGUUCCGGAAGGGUUCAUGCGAGAACUGCGGAGCCCUGACCCACAAGAAGAAGGAUUGCCUUGAGCGGCCAAGGAAAGUGGGGGCCAAAUUCACUGGCUCAAGCAUUGCCCCAGAUGAACACGACCAGAUCACCCUGUCCAUGGAUUACGAUGGGAAACGGGACCGAUGGAAUGGGUAUGACCCAGAUGACCACAUGCGCAUUGUGGAAGAGUACGCCAAAGUUGACGUGGCAAAACGCACUCUUAAAGCACAGAAGUUGCAAGAGGAAUUGGCAUCAGGGAAGCUUGUGGACCAAACGGAGCGGGAACAUGACAGUGAGGAUGAGGACGAGGAUAAGUACGCUGAUGACAUUGACAUGCCCGGACAGAACUUCGACUCCAAGAGGCGCAUCACUGUCAGGAAUCUGAGGAUAAGAGAAGACAUUGCCAAGUACCUCAGAAACCUGGAUCCAAACUCGGCCUACUAUGACCCCAAGACUCGAGCCAUGAGGGAGAACCCCUAUUCCAACACCGGAAAGAACCCAGAGGAGGUCGGGUAUGCAGGCGAUAACUUUGCGCGCUACACUGGAGACACCAUCAACAUGGCCUCCACACAGUUGUUUGCCUGGGAGGCGUAUGACAAAGGCUCAGAGGUGCACCUGCAGGCAGACCCCACCAAGCUGGAGCUGCUGCAUCAGUCCUUCAAAGUCAAGAAGGAGGACUAUAAGGACAUGCAGAAGGAGACCAUCCUAGACAGGUAUGGGGGUCAAGAGCACUUGGAUGCUCCUCCCCGCGAGCUGCUGUUGGCCCAGACAGAGGAGUAUGUGGAGUACUCUCGUCAUGGGGCUGUGCUCAAAGGACAGGACAAGGCCAUCGCCCGCUCAAAGUACGAGGAGGAUGUGCUCCUCAACAACCACACAUGCAUCUGGGGUUCUUACUGGAAAGAUGGCUUCUGGGGCUAUAAAUGCUGCCACUCCGUGGUCAAGCAGAGCUAUUGCACAGGAGAAGCAGGAAAGAAAACAAUGAGCACCACCUGCGUCCCAUUCGAGGAAGGGCUUGAGAUUGCCGAAGAGGAGGAAGUGCCGAAGACUCUCCUAGAGCUUCACCAAGAGAAGAUGAAGGACAAGAAGAAGAAGAAGAAGAAGGACAAGAAGCACAGGAAGAGGGAUUCAGACAGCAGUGACGAAGAAGACGAGGCCACAAAGAGAGAGAAGCUCAAGAAGGCUCUGCUGGCUGAGGAGCAGAGGCAGAGGGAUAUGGCGGAGAUGAUGCUGCUGGAUGAGAGGAAGCGCCCCUACAGCAGCCUGACGGAGGUGAAGGAGCCCACUGAGGAGGAGAUGGAGGCCUUCAGGAUGAAACGGCCUCGAGAGGACGACCCCAUGGCUGCCUUCCUGUCCCAGUGAGCUCCUGUCUGCCGCCGCCACGCUGCCCUUCGACCUGCACUCCCCGCGGAGCUCACCUGAGAUGGACCACGCUUGAGCAGAACUCUCUGUCCUGUAUUGGGAGGGCUUUUAGUGCUACCAGCUGCUUGUCCUUACACAGUGGGGCAACGUUGUUGUCAGUCUUGCUUGAGCAGACCAACUUUGUUUUCAAGCCUUUUGUCAAGCUAAUGAAUGAUUGCCUAGUGCUUACCAGCCUCUCUCAAGAUGAUCGGUGGUUGACCAACAUGUUAUGGAUUCUUAAAGCUUGCCAGUAUGAACGCAUACAAUAAUACCUUCUGUCUCUGAGAAGAGGUAUUCUUCAUAUGUGUUGCAAGUCAAACCUAUCCAGUUUUGUACACUGGUCAGUCCAUAGCAAGAAAACACUGUCC